UAUUCAACUGACCAGAAAAUGUGAAGAAAAAAACAUCGGUGGUCAAACUUUUCUAUUUACCGACGAGAUUCACGUGGGUAAACUGACAGAAUCUCCUUGGGAAUCGAAUGGCCUUUGACGGUUAGGCAGGUGAUCAGCUUUUCUUCUCACCAACAAGAAGCUCGUUGGUACUAUAAGAUUUUGCAAUCUGACCUUCGUCAGUGAUGGCGCGGCAACAGUAGGUAGCCGAGGCUAAUCAGCUUUUGUUAGCCGUAGGCUGCAGAAGCUGAUCAGCUUUUGUCUUACCGUCAAGCUUCUCGUCGGUGAGUUUUCCAAUUAGCAACCUUAAGCUCGUUGAUCACUAGGCAUGGGGCAAUGCUGUUGGAGGUUGCUCUUCCAAUUUCAUGCCAGGAAUUGGGUCACAAGUAAAUCUAGAGGAUGUUGGAUUUACUUAUAGGAAGAGACAACCCCGAGACAACUUAAUGGCUACAAUGAUGAUAGCUGGCUUUGUCGAGGAGCAAGCACGCCAGAAUGAGCAUGCGACAAAACAAGAUGAGCAGCUUUCACUGCUUAUGGCAUCAACCCUCAAGCAGGUCAUCAUCCAUUUGCCUCACCACAUAGCCAGGGCUCAAGUCUCCACCCAAAUACACCCUUCACCUACUCCACUGAUUCCACCCAAACUUCUCCCAUAUUGCCUAGAUAUCAGCAGCAGCAGUAGCCUUAGCCUCAGCCUCAAGAUGGCGUUUACCAUCUUGUUUUGAUCAAAACUAUCAAGCUUCUUAGUUAUGCUUUUUGAUACAUUGUCUGCACACUUUGCAUGGUUGUCUUUUUAUUUCUGUUAAUACUUUUAACUACUAGUUUGAGCUUCAUUGCGAUAUCUUUUCAUAUUUUGCUUGAUCUCCAAUAUUCAUACUUUAAAAAAUAUAAAGUUUUGGAUUGUUU